GAAGUGGGAGGUUGCGGGGCAAAAAGACUUCGCCCGCAGCAAUCACGUCAGCCGCCGCCGAGCUAUCUAUCAACUAAGCUUCUAUUCAUAGCCACACCUUCAUAUUCAGCUCACCCCUACAGCUCAACUAUAGCUCGUGGGUGCGGCCUAUGGCCCGUCUACAUAUUCUUUCCUGUCGAGAACAGCUCAACUGAGCGAUAACCCGCCUUUACUAGAGUUAUGCCGACAGAUUCUCAAUCGCUGUACGGCAUUCGCCGCCCCAAAUCCACCGCGUCGCAAAAAGACCUCACAUCCUCCUCCACUCUAGCCUUCACCACUCAUCUCUCCGCCCUAAUAUCGAAAGAAUCAAACCCCUCUACAUCGUCUUCCGCUACGCAACCCACCAAAGGUCGCCCCCGACCGUCCCGCUCAAAACCAGAUAUCUUCACCAUCCACAACAAGAACGCACACAAACGCGCCGCAGCAGAUGUCUCCGGGGACUCACCACAUGUCAUUCACCAAGUCCACAAACGAGGAGCAGACAUUGGUAAUAUUGACGAUGCGACACUCCAACGCUCUAAACGAAGACUGGCCGAAAAGGCUAAACUAUACGAGGAUUUGAAGAAAGGCGAGCAUCUGGUGGAUAGCAGCGAUGAGGAGGAAGAUCAAACUGCCUUGAGAAACCCAGCAGUGCAUGCAACGAGGCGGGCUGAAAGCAACAGUCUAGUCGAUUUUGAUCGCAAGUGGGCGGAGGAGGAGGCGAUAAGGGCACGGAGGGCACGAGGCUCAGCUUCCCCAUCUGGUUCGGAUAGGGACGCCGACAACGACGACCGCGAGAAGGAGGAUGUUUUACUUGUCGACUACGUUGAUGAAUUUGGUCGCUCGCGUCGAGGUACCCGCGCAGAAGCCGCGGAGGCAGCUCUACAACGACGCAGUGCGCCACUGCCGCGGACUGCAGCUGAUGAAGAUGGUGGUGGGCUGGACAGCGACAUUACACACCCCACCAACUACAACAUCCUCCCAUCAGCCAAACCAAAGCGCCCUACGAACCUCAUCUACGGCUCCACGGUCCAAUCUGCAGCUUUCAAUCCGGACGCAAACAUUGCCGCGCGCAUGGAGCAUAUUGCAAAAAAGCGGGAUCGCACCCCGACCCCUCCCCCAGAAACUCACUACGAUGCAGCAGCAGAAGUCCGCACGCGGGGCACGGGGUUCUAUGCAUUUUCUAAAGAUCAGGCGGCACGCAAAGAGGAGAUGGAGGAGUUGUUAAAAGCGAGGAAGGAAACUUUGGGCGAGCGGGAUGCGGCUACGAAGAAGGAGAGUGCUAGGGAGAAGGCAAAGGAUGAGAGACGGAGGAAGAUCGAGGAGCUUAGGUCGAAGAGGAGGGCUGAAGAGUUUUUGAAUGGGCUGGGUGAUUUAGAAGGUAUAGGCGGUGAUAUCGGGAAGGGUGAAAGAUAAACGAUAUGUUGUGCAUGCUUAGGGCUCAUCUAUUCAUAGUUAUGUUCUUGCACCUGUUUCUGUUUGAGUUGGAUAUACCCCAAGGAUACGGUUUGCGGGCGUUUGAAAGCACUUUUUAAUGGGAAAUUAUUGAAAAAAAUUAAUUACUGAAGCAGCCAUGCAUAGCCAAAUUGGAUUAGGUCAAUAUAAGAAUAAACAUAUUUCAAAUAUAUGAUUGCUCUCCCAUAACAUAAUCGAUAUCAUCCACCUUCUAUAUACCAAUAAAUGUAUGAAACAGAACAAAGGAAAAUGGACAG